AUGGCCGCGUACAUACCUCCGCACAGACGCGCUGCCGCACAGCGGCAGAGCACCGCACAAAGCACUGCACCGGGCAAGAACACUGCGCAAGGCCCAAACACUGCCAGCAGCAGCAGCAACAAUGCGUAUAGCGACUUCUUCGACGAGUGCUAUUGCAUCAAUCUAGCAAGGCGCAGCGACCGGCUCCGCAAGUACGAGGCGUCGGCGAGACGCACGGGUUUGCGCUGGACGCGAUUCGAAGCAGUAGACGGCGCAGCGGUCGGGAACGGCGACGACUUCGACCCGCUCUGGGACGCGACGAGGAACGCCGAGUGGGACCGACACGUCGCGCCGGGCCUGCGGCGCGCGACGGCCGGCGAGCGCGGGUGCGCUUUAUCACACGUCGCCUUGUGGCGGAAAGCCGUCGAAACGGAGGGCUGGUUGUUGAUCACGGAGGACGACUGCCGCUUCGACAAGCGGUGGACGCCGGGCUCGCCCGCGUACCUCUGGCGCACCCACGUGCCGAAGGAUGCCGAGCUCGUCUACCUCGGGUUUUCCGACAGAGGUGAGCGGGAGUACGUUGCGGGCAGCGAGGAGGUCUUCCGGCCGACGUACGGCUUCUGCACGCACUGCUACGCGAUUCGCGGCGCCGCGGCGCGGAAGUUCCUGGACGCACUGCCGGUCGCGGGCCCCGUGGACGUGUGGCUCGCCGACAACAACUGGUUCGGCGCCCAAGUGUACUGCGUCAUUCAACCAGGUGGUGGGUGGCAGAACACGGGCCGGUGGCUCGCGAACCAGGAGACGAAGCCAGGCGAGGCAGACGUCCGCCAGAGCUCGCGCGACGCCGUCGUCGCCGACGAGCCAGUCGACGCGCUCGCCGGCGCGACGCGAGCGCUCCGCGUAGACGGCGUCGACGCCGCGGCGGCCACUGUGUAA